AAUGCGGUUCCUGCAGGACUGAGUUACGCCCUGUCCCUGAACUUUCAGGCAGUUUAAUUACCCUGAACCUGAGGCAGAUUUCAGGGCAGCAUUUUACCCUGGAACUGUCCUGCAGGGACAGGAUCCUGCAGGAUCAGGACAGGAUCCCUGCCCUGCGCCCAGCUCUAGUUGAUGCCGCGAUAAUUUACAACGAUGGAAAUGAAUAUACGAUACCACGCAACAUACAAGCGAGCAAAGCCGCUAAAAAACUCAGGCAAAUAGAAAAUUUAGACUGCAAGCAUUGCAUGGAGAAUAUCAGAGCCGGAAUGGCAUCCUCGCCCUCCGUAAUGUCUUUGCAGUAUAAUCAUAAACCAAUUCUGGCACUCGGGAUACUGCAGGUGCUGUUUGGAGCGGCUAUGAUUAUCACCGACAUCGUCAAUUUCAACAUCAUUCCGACUUCGGACAGCUUGUACUUCAGCCUCUUUGGCUCCGGUUUUUAUAUCGGCAGUUUUUACAUCAUUACGGGCUCCUUGGGGAUUGCCGCCGGGAGACCGUUACCCAGCGGGCAAUCGUCGCGUUCCCGCCGAUGUCUUCUUCUCACCACCCUGGUGAUGAGCAUCUUGUCAACUAUCAUGGCAGCAUCCUUGAUCGUGGUGCUUGGAUUUCUCCUGCACAUUUAUUUUCAUGCCGGCGAUGAUGACGACAGUGGUACCUACUGCGGUAACUGGAAAGAGUGUGCAGUCUUAAGGGCCCGCGGCAAAGCCAUCCUUUGGAGCUUCUUGGGACUACAAAGUAUUAUUUUAGUUUGUAGUUUGGGUCAGUCAGUUACUGCGGGAAUAAACGGGCGCAAAAUGCUGAAAGGCAACGAAAUCCCACAAGUGGUGUACCUCCAGCCUGACGUCAGUUAUCCACAAGGAGUGCCGGAACAGUGGGUUCCUUUCGUGGCAGAAUAACUAGUACAAUCGCCUUUUGCACUGAUUUUAGUGCAGGUUCAUUUAUAAUGCCGAUGUUCUUAAACAAUUAGCAUGAGCGAUGGUAAACGGAAUUAAAUGCAUAAUAUGAUAU